AUGUUAAAGUCAGAACUAGCUUCUCAGUUUGAGAUGAAAGAUUUGGGCUCUCAGCGUUAUUUUUUGAAUAUUGAAGUUGCCUUUUUUCCAAAAGUUAUCUUAUUUCUCAGUCAAAGUACAAUACUGUAUUCUCCUUCUGAUGGAACUCCUUUAGAAGAUCUUACUUUGUAUCGCACCAUUGUUGGCAGUCCGGUAAAUCUCACUAUUACUCGUUUGGACAUUGCAUAUGUUGUUCAUAUUAGCUACUGCUGCCUUCCACUUCCUCUCUGGAGUUACGAGCUUAGUACUGUAAUGCAGAUCAUGAUCGUGAUCCCACAGAUUGAAAAUCUCAUUGGUUUCUGUAUCUUUUUGGGAGAUUCUAUUAUUUCUUGGAAGAGCAAGAAGCAGCCUGUUGUUUCUCAAUCUUUUAACGGAAGUUGA